AUGAACUCAAUUGAUAAAAUGAUGCAGUGUACAUCUUUCGCUAGAGCUUUGCGAGCGCAUAUUACGACAGCUCAUGUAAUAGGCGAAUUAAUUGCAGAAUUUGCAGAGUCAGCUAAAAACAUCGAAAGUCAUACGAACAUAGAAGGAAUAAAAAAAAAACCAGUGGAUGCGUCAAGCAUGGCAGUUGCACCAACUACUGAAGAAAUUAUAGAUAUCAUCAACCUCAAAAAGCUUCGAAUUAAGAGAACGUUAGAAGACUUGUCAAGAAAUCCACCAUCACUACGUGAAAUAAAUGAUGAUGAAGAUUUUACUGCCAUGAGAAAUCUUCUAAGCAGUGCAGUCGAAGAAGGACACUUUACUGUUCGUAGAACUAAUAAAGCUUGGGCUGGAAUAUGGACAGAAAUGCUGAUGCGUACUAUCCACACAGGAGCUCAAGGAUUAUCACAUGGUCGCGGUAUGACAUCAAGUGUAAUGACACGGUUUUUGGAAGAUAAAAAUCAACCCGAAGUUGGAUUAGCUGAAGUUGUGGAAAGGAAAAGGGGAAAAGCCCAGAAAAAGAAAAACAGCUCAGAAGGUCCCAUAAAAAGGAAAAUCAGGAAAUUGGCAGACGCGAAACAAAAACAAAAUGACUAUGGCUCCGCCAAUUUAGAUCCGGAUAUGUCCCAGUCUGAACUGGAAGUAGCUAAAGAAGAAUUCCUAAAAAAUUUAGAAACUCUUACUGCUGACAAGGACGCGACUGAGCGUAAUACAAUAUUACAAAGAGACAGUAGCAAAUGGCUAGAGAUUCGAAAAAAUCUUAUUACUGCCUCUAAUUUCGGCCCUAUUUGCAAGAGGCAAGUAUCAAAAGACACCGCACCGCUAGUUAAAAAUAUAUUAUAUAAAACAAAUUUAAGCCAUGUUGCAUCCAUUGCUGAUGGUAUUGAAAAUGAGCAGCAAGCGCUGCACAAGAUACAACAACAAGAAAGCGUGUCUAUUGAGCCCUGUGGACUAGAUAGAUAA